AUGCUUCGAAACACCAUCAGACAGUUCUCGAAAUCCUCAGCAACCAUGUCCAAGUCUCUGAAGCUGUCCUCCGGCUAUAACAUGCCACUGGUUGGCUACGGUAUCUGGAAGGUUCCCAAGGAGAACGCAGCCGACUCCGUCUACAACGCCAUCAAGUUAGGGUACCGCCAUAUCGACGGCGCGCAUGACUACCAGAACUCGGCAGAGGCUGGCCAGGGUGUCCGCAAGGCGCUCGACGAGGGUAUCGUGAAGCGCGAAGAGCUCUUCAUCGUGUCCAAGCUGUGGAACAACUACCACGCCCGUGAGCACGUCCACGAGAUGGCGAACUUCGAGAACAAGAACUGGGGCGUCGGCUACCUCGACCUGUACCUCAUCCACUUCCCCAUCGCGCAGCGCCAUAUUCCCAUGUCAGAGCUGGUCUAUCCCUGUUUCUGGGCUACGUCAGACCAGAGCAAGGUGACGGAGCAGGUCCCCGUGCCCAUCCAGGAGACGUGGCAGGCCCUGGAGGAGCUCGUCAUCACCAAGGACAAGCCGGACGGGAUCCUCCGGUCCAUCGGCGUGGCCAACUUCAACGCCAUGCUGCUAUACGACGUCCUGCGCUACGCAAAGGUCAAGCCCGCCGUCAACCAGGUCGAGCACCACCCGUACCUGGUGCAGCCGGGCCUGAUCCAGAUGUGCCAGGAGAACGGCAUCGCGGUGACGGCGUACAGCUCCUUCGGCCCGCAGAGCUUCAUCGAGCUCAGCAACAAGCGUGCCCUCGGCGCCGGCCCGCUGUUCGAGGACGAGGCCGUCGCGGCCGCCGCCAAGAAGCACGGCAAGACGCCCGCGCAGGUGCUGCUGCGCUGGGCCACGCAGCGGGACAUUAUCGUCAUCCCCAAGAGCAACAACAAGGAGAGACUGGCGCAGAACCUGGACUCGUUGGGCUUCGACCUGUCCGAGGAGGAGAUCGCGUCCAUCUCGGCGCUGGACAGGGGCCUGCGGUUCAACGACCCGGCUGAUUUCGGCCUCAGGAUAUUUGCUUAG